AUGGCGAUCGCUGCGGAAAACCAACGAGAUGAAAAGGUACGCAAAAAAUGCCGAUCUGCAGCGAUGUAGGGCUCUUGCGUGCGGAGAUCGGUCCCUUACAAACGUAGUUUCACGAUUUGACACUCUUCGUCCUGUUCCGCAUUACUUCGAAAUGCAUCUUUGGUUUUCUUGUUGGAUUGCUCUUUUGAGGGGGGAAAUGUCCGAGCGAUUGAGCUUCCGCGUUGAGGAUUUCCGUCGGGCAGGAGAUUUCCGCGGAAAUACAAGUGAUCUUCGUUUAUUCCGCUGCUUUCUCUUUGGAAACUCACGUUUCUUCCUUUCGACGGAGAAAUCGGGCCAUUAUAAGGAAUUACUCAAAUCGAUCGUGAUUUUCCAGCGACCGUGUUAGGAAGCUGCAAGGGUGACAUAAUCCUGUUCGCGUUCCCACCGCUUGAUCGCGUUUAGCCGCCGCCCCUGCAGGAAUUGGCAAAACACGAUGUUCUUCCAGAUUCCUCACCAAAUUCUUCGCGGUUUCUCACUGAAUUUCAUACUACGCUCGCGGUGGGUGUUAGAUCCCGGCGAUUUCCAAAUUUAUCGCACGCAACCGACGGACCUGUCUCCUCUGGACUCCAUUGCAGGUUUCUGCGAAGGCAUCUGCCGCGGAGAAGCGAUGGACGCUAAACGAUUUCGACGUGGGGAAGCCCCUUGGGAGAGGAAAAUUCGGCCACGUUUAUCUGGCUCGAGAGAAGAAGGUACCAGAACGAUCUUUGCCCUGCUCGUCCUCGAUCCACAGUCACUGACUCUGCUAUAUGACUACAAACAACAGAGCAAUCAUAUCGUGGCUCUCAAGGUGCUCUUCAAAAGCCAGCUAAAGCAGUCCCAGGUCGAGCACCAGCUACGCAGAGAAGUAGAGAUACAGAGCCAUCUACGGCACCCAAAUAUACUCCGCCUCUAUGGGUACUUCUACGAUCAGGUCCAGCUUUUAUCCUGAUCUCACUAGCCAUGAUCAGGGCAAGCUCUGAAUGAAGCCCACCCUCGGUUUUCUUGCAGACCCGUGUUUAUCUGAUCUUGGAGUAUGCCGCGAAGGGUGAGCUCUACAAGGAGCUCCAGAGGUGCAAGUUCUUCAGCGAGAGACGAGCUGCAACCGUAGGUUCCAAUUUUUCUGGAUCCGCGCGUGUUCUUAUGCUUCUUCUCUUUUUUUUUCUUCCUUGCGUUACCACCCAGAUGAUCAGAUCUGUUCAUUUCGAGUUUCGAUUCAUUGGUUUCGAGAUCUGUAUACAUGAUUUGAUUCGAUCGGGUUCAGCUGAUUCCUGUGGUUCUGUUUAUUCAGUACGUCUCAUCAUUGGCCAGAGCCCUGAUCUACUGCCAUGGAAAGCACGUCAUUCACAGAGAUAUUAAGCCGGAGAACCUUCUGAUUGGCAUGCAGGUGCCUAUUUUUUCCUCAAAAAAAAAAGAAAAAAAGAGGAAUUUUUCCCCAUAGUUGAUGGCUCAAUAAUCAUAAAUCAUGCUCACAAAGUCGAUCUUCUUCGCGAAGGGCGAGCUGAAAAUCGCGGACUUCGGGUGGGCAGUCCACACCUUCAAUCGAAGGCGGACCAUGUGCGGCACACUGGACUACCUCCCCCCCGAAAUGGGUAUGUUCUUGAGGAGUCACUGCGAUGAUCCUCCCUGAUUUAUGAAGUCUUUUUAUUACUAACUAAGAUCUGAUUCUUCCAGUGGAGAGCGUAGAGCACGACGCCAGCGUGGAUAUCUGGAGCUUGGGCGUCCUGUGCUACGAGUUCCUCUACGGAGUGCCCCCAUUCGAAGCGAAGGAGCACUCGGACACAUACAGGCGGUAAGAAUCUCUCUCUCUGUCUCUCUCUGUCUCUCUCUCUGUCUCUCUCUCUGUCUCUCUCUUUACACGCGACUAAUCGCGCUGCAGGAUAGUGAAAGUGGAUCUGAAGUUUCCCGCAAAACCGGUCGUCUCAUCGGGCGCCAAGGAUCUGAUUAGCCAGGUGAGAGAGCUUCUGCGACUUUUUCUUUCGUCUUCUUGGUUGAUGGUGGAGGACUAAAAUGCCCACUUUUGCGCGCAGAUGCUGGUGAAGGACUCGUCUCAGCGCCUUCCGCUGCACAAGCUCAUGGAGCACCCGUGGAUCGUCCAAAACGCUGACCCUUCGGGCAUCUACAGGAGCUGA